AAAAUAGUAAGGAGUGACGACAUCAAUGAAUGGACCCCGUGAGAGGGCGAUCGAGAUAAUGAAAAAAGCAGCGUGGUGUGAUCACAGAGCCGCAGUUGGUUUUUUGAGCAGAGACGACGAGGAAGAAACAGAAAGACGACGACCGACGAUCAGACGAACAUUGAUUUUUUUAUUAUAUUCAUUUUUGUUAAUAUCGACCCCACAUUUCAUGUUAUUUUAAUUUCAUGUGUCUUCAAAUUUUCGAAUUGAAUAAAACUUAAACUAUUUGUAUCAAUUUCAUGUAACCUCCAAUGUCAACAUACAAUUUCAUUCCAGGAGCAAUAUUUUCAUUGACAGAAGCAACUGUUCAUUUUGAUUAUGCACUUUAAUGUCUAGUGACGAUAAAAAUUUUCAACGUCCAUACGCUACAAGAUCAACAGGUCCUGCUCCGAAUCCGAUAAUACACGAACAAAAACAAAGACAAAAGAAAUCGAAGAAAAAAGUUGAAGUUCCAUUGAUAACAUUCUCCGGAGACGAAAUGGCUAAUAACGACACAGAAAAUACUACCCCAGUGGUCAGUCAACACAUUACAUUGCGUUCACCGUCAUCGAUUUCUCUACCAAAAGAUGAAACUGUUCCUAUCGAUCAUGUUAUUGCUGAUAAACAAGUUGGGAACGUAGAAGUUUUCAACAAUCAGGGUUUUGCAACUUAUAGUGAAACUAUCCCGUUUGCUAAGGCUGAUUGUAUUGAUUCUACUGAUGUGUUCACUAAUCUGGUACGUGGAAAAUUGGCUUUGCCUUUCCCGGCGUUCCCCGUCGACACUACGCGAACCAACAUGAAUACUCACGAAUUUUAUAUAUGGUUCUGUCAAGCUUCUGGUAUGGGUUACAUCCUGGAUCGUUUAACCUUAUCUGCCGAAAAAGUUUCAUCCGAAAAUGCUAUGAGAUAUGGCAUUGGUACCUUGGUUACUUACAAAGUUAGUGGAGUAACUGUGUAUCCAAUGUCCGUGAUUGACAAAGUUACAUAUGCUGUUUUGAAGGCAGCAUAUCCUGCAUCAGUAAUGACAGAAAACUUGUGGACAUCAUAUAAUAAGAGUCAAAAAUUCUCGUAUUUAGGUACUAUCUUCAAUUAUACCUUUAUGACACGAACUUCAAUGACUGUUAGUCAGUUGAUUUCUUAUUCAUAUGCAAAAUUCUGCUUGGCCAUGAUCGGCAAGGAGCCAUCAACAUCCACUUGCAAUUUGAUCAAAGCCCUUACUGGUGCUAAGGCUGAAUUCUAUUUUACGCCUGUUGAAAUUAAUGUAUGGGAUGAUAUGACUUGCAUCUCUACCGAAAAGAAACAAGAGCUAUUGAAGUCCAUGUUUCGAAGACCCAAUGAUCUAACGGAACUCUUGGUGAUCCUGUAUAAUCGGUUUAAAACAUACGGAUUAACAUCAAUGGUGACAAUAACCGAAGCAAUCGACAAGUUUCCCACUUUUCCAUGGCAAUCAAUCGCUUCCGAGUGGUAUCACGACGAAAUGGAAAAAUACAUGGCAGCCGCGGACGCUGUUACUGCUCUCGAGUUUCCUGCAUUGCAUAGAGAUGUAUUGACAUCGCAUUCUGUCAUGGGGUAUCGGAAGUUAGCCGGUUUUUGCGCAAAAGUGCUAGAAUUCAGUGGUGUGAACAAUACCCUCCGCAAUCAUGAAGGGCUGAAACGCGUUAGAUUGCCCGAUGAUCGUGUCCAAUAUAUAAAAGGACUUGUGGCAUCUCCCAUCGUAUCCCGAACUCAGGGCUUUUCUCAAUCAACAUACGAUCGUUUGAAGAAGUAUUCAAUGAAAUUGUGUGGGACCAACUUUGAUGAUCCAAAUAUUGCUGCCACUCGCCAGGCCGCCAUAGAAGCAAAAGCCCGUGAGCGUGAUGAAUUAGAAAAAGCACGAAUGCAGCAAAUGUUCCAACAAUUCCAGCAUCAAGCAGGAUCGAGUGCCACUGAACCAUCCACUUCACGUGCACAAGGUUAAACAACCUUUUUUUUGAUUUCUUUUCCACAUUUUUCAUGAUACAUUUUUACUCCCUUUGAAAUUUAAUUUUUCUAAAAUUUUGACAAUGUCAACCGGACUUUUACACGAACGAGUUGCAAUCAUGAAAAUGUGAAUUCUAACAACAA